AAUUAAAACCCAUCUCGAUCUGGUGCGGUGGCCGCCCCCGUCGCCACUCUUUCCGGCCAAGCUCCCCACUCCCGACGAUGCGGCACCUCCUCCUCUCCCGCCUCCUCCGCCGCGCCCCCUCCCCCUCCCACCCCCACCACCACCUCCAGCUCAUCCGCGCCCUCUCCUCCCCCUCCUCCCCGCUCCCCUCCUCCGACGCCGACCUCCGCAAGUACGCCGGCUACGCGCUCCUCGUCCUCGGCUGCGGCGCCGCCACCUACUACUCCUUCCCCUUCCCGGCCGAUGCUCUCCACAAGAAGGCCGUCCCCUUCAAGUACGCGCCGCUCCCCGACGACCUCCACACCGUCUCCAACUGGAGCGGCACGCACGAGGUCCACACCCGCGUCCUCCUCCAGCCCGACUCCAUCCCGGCCCUCCAGGACGCGCUCUCCACCGCCCACAGGGAGCGCCGCAGGCUCCGGCCCGUCGGCUCCGGGCUCUCCCCCAACGGCCUCGGCCUCUCCCGGGCCGGCAUGGUCAACCUCGCGCUCAUGGACAAGGUGCUCCACGUCGACGCCAAGAAGAAGACCGUCACGGUGCAGGCGGGGAUACGCGUCGCCGAGCUCGUCGAUGCGCUCCGGGAGCAUGGCCUCACCCUGCAGAACUUCGCCUCCAUCCGGGAGCAGCAGGUCGGCGGCAUCAUCCAGGUUGGCGCCCAUGGCACUGGCGCAGGAUUGCCUCCAAUUGAUGAGCAGGUUAUUAGCAUGAAACUCGUUACUCCUGCCAGAGGGACAUUGGAGUUAUCGAGGGAGAAAGAUCCCGACUUGUUUUAUCUUGCCCGCUGUGGACUUGGUGGCCUAGGAGUCGUUGCAGAAGUUACUCUUCAGUGUGUAGAAAGGCACCAACUUGUUGAGCAUACCUUUGUUUCUAAUGCAGAUGAGAUCAAGAAAAACCACAAGAAAUGGCUGUCUGAAAACAAACAUAUCAAGUACUUGUGGAUUCCAUAUACUGAUACAGUUGUUGUUGUCCAAUGUAAUCCUCCUUCAAAAAGGAAAACUCCAAAGUUGACAUCAAAAUAUGGAAAAGAUGAAGCCCUUCAGCAUGUUCGUGACCUUUAUCGAGAGUCACUCAAGAAAUAUAGAACUGAAGCAGAAAGUAAAGACCCAUUGAUUGAUCAACUAUCAUUUACUGAAUUGAGAGAUCAACUGCUUGCCCUUGAUCCUCUGGAUAAAGAUCAUGUGAUCAGGAUUAAUAAAGCAGAAGCUGAAUACUGGAAGAAAUCUGAGGGAUAUCGCAUGGGCUGGAGUGAUGAAAUACUAGGUUUUGAUUGUGGUGGUCAGCAGUGGGUGUCUGAAACCUGCUUCCCUACUGGAACUCUAGCGAAACCAAGUAUGAAGGAUCUAGAUUAUAUGGAGGAAUUGCUACAGUUGAUUGAGAAGGAAGAUAUACCUGCGCCUGCACCAAUUGAGCAGCGUUGGACUGCCCGCAGCAGGAGUCCCAUGAGCCCAGCAUCAAGCUCCGAAGAAGAUGAAAUAUUUUCAUGGGUUGGUAUAAUAAUGUAUUUACCAACAUCGGACCCUCGCCAAAGGAAGGACAUUACCGAGGAGUUCUUCAACUACAGAAGUCUGACACAAACUAGUCUCUGGGAUGAUUAUUCUGCAUAUGAACACUGGGCCAAAAUUGAGGUUCCAAAGGACAAGGAUGAACUUGCUGAACUGCAGGUUAGGUUGCGGAAGCGUUUCCCUGUUGACAUAUAUAACAAGACACGCAUGGAGCUGGACCCUAACAAGGUUCUCUCGAGUGUGAAGCUAGACAAGAUGUUCCCAGGGACACGGACUGUCCAACAUGCAAAGUAAAGGUGUUUUGACUAAUGACAUACCGAAGGCAAAACACUUUCCCUCCUGGAGAAAUGUAAUAUGUAGCUUUUUUUUGCCCCAUGGAGAAAUGUACUCUUCCAAGUUCGAUUAUGUCGUUGAUGCUUGAUCAAAACUAGAAACUGCCAUUCUGCUCCGUCGGUGGUUUACAUGACUAUGCACACUUGCUGCAGAGUUAAUUUCUUUGUAGAACUUGCUCUGUUGGUAGAGAACUAGAGAUAGACUUUUCGUGCCCAUGGUGAAGCGCUUGUUGCCGGAGGCUUAUUUCCUUGAUUCAGGCUGAUGAACCUGUGCUUCUUAAGAUACUGUCAUCCAUUGUUGUACCAAGUGCAAUGCUGAUGAAAAUUUGGCAGUUGAAAUAAAUUAUGAAAUGAAGAACAAAUUGAAUGGAGUGAA